AUGACAAGCAAUAAUGUUGAAAAAGUAGGAAAUUUUGGUAAUAUUAUUUAUGAUUCUGAUAAUGAUACGCCUGGUACAAGGAGACGAAUAGGUAUUAGUGCAACUGAAAUUGAACUUCUAGAUGAUAUACCACCUUCAUUUGGAACGGGAAUAACAAGUUCUAAAAAUACUGUACCGAAUAAAGAACGAUUAUUUGAAUCACAAAUACCAUCUUCAUCAAUAAACAAAGAAAACCAACCAAAUAAUUAUCAAGCAUUAUCUUUUAAUAAAGAACAACCAAAAUCGAAUAUUGCUUAUCACGAUGGCAAUGAUCAGCAACUUAAUUUUGCAGUUGAUAAACUUUUAGAAAAAUAUGCACCCGAUGCUUUGCCACAAAAUUUAGUGAAUGCGUCUACUAUCAGUGGACAACCUUCACAAGUCAAUGUUGUCACAGCGCGCGAUGAUUCAUUUUUUUCUUCAUUUCAAACAACUGCUCCUUCAUCAUCAACAACUUCAAAUAAUUAUUCAACUAUAAUUCGACCAAACAAAGGACAAGUACUUCAAACAAACACAAAAUCAAAUAAUAAUCAUAAUAAUAAUAAUAAUCAUAGUCAACCACCGACACGUUCACAACCAGAAGCUGUCUAUAAUAGUAUUCAAUAUGCGAUUUCACCACAACAACCCCAACAAAAACCUCAAUCAUCUAUACCUAUUAAAACUAAAACUGGAAAUGUUGCUCAGGUGGUGCCUGGCAAAUUAUAUACUUUACUGGAUGAUCCACUUCAUAUAUUCUAUGACAGACAAUACCCAACUCCUUCUCAAACAAAACCACCUUCACAACAACAACAACCUUCUUUUCAAACUACAUUUCAACCUUCAAAUAAUUUUCAAACAACACAAGAUCCAUUAGUAACCAUGUUUACUAAUGCACCAACAAGAAAUCCUCAACAACCAAUGGCAACUACAACAGAUAACAAUUCAAAUGGUGUGCAACCAUUUAAUCUUGAAAGUUUAAUAAAACGUGUUCAACAAGAUUAUUAUCAAGAAAUAAAACCAUUUGUAUCAAGCGUUAGAUUUGUUGAAAAAGAUCGUGAAUAUGGUCAAAGUUUAGCAGAUAUUGGUUUUGUAACACCAAUUAGUGUUCGAAGAGGUUUUACUAAACAAGCUGAUGAUAUUUUACGACGUAGUUUUGGCCAACAAGCUCCUCGACGUCAACCGUUUAAUCGUCCUGACCCGAAUGAUUAUUCUGAUGAUGAAGAAGAUGAUCAUAUAGAUGAUCUUCAUCCACCAAAUCGGUAUCGUCCACCAUUAGAAAAAUUUGAUUCUAAACAAUCAUUUACAUCUGUUACAUCAGUAUCAACAUAUAGUGGUGAUUAUGAUGAUCCAUAUUCAUCACCACGUAAUCGAAAAAAAACAAAUGUUCAUGAUCAAUCAACAUCACCACCUCCAAAACCAAAUCAAACAAAAACACAACCUCAGAUACAAAACUCUGCUGCUGCUUCCAUGGUUGCUCCAAUGAAACCAAUGACAAAAGAUGAAAGUGACGAAGAAGAUGACACAACAACAGCCAACAAUCCGAUUGUUCCAAAACUUGCAAAGCGUAUUUCACCUGAUCGAUAUUCAAUGAGUUCAGCUGACGCAACAACAUCCGAUGAUGAGGACGACUAUAUAGCUAGUUAUAAUGAACAUGAAAAUCCUAAAAAUUCUCGAUCAAACGGACUCGGAGCAGUUAAUGCUAAAGUUACAAAUUCAUCUGUUGUAGAACCUAUUGAUAAAAAAACAGGAAGUCAAACAAUACAACGUAGUGAAGAUAUUCAUCCAGUACCACCAACGAUUCGUGUAUCACAAACAAAUUUAACUUCACCAAAAGAUUCUCGAACUGAAGUGAAAAAAAUUGGAAGUGAAGGAAGUGAUAUAGGACUUUCUGAAUCAGAUGAAGAUAGUAGCGGUGAAACUGAAGAUAAAUCAUCAACACCUCUUAAUAAAUUACCAAGUCCAUUAGUAAAUCAAUCUAAUGUUCAACCAACUCCAACUAGUGCAACAAGUGGACGACCUACAAUUACACCACAAAUGAAUGCUCGUGGUCCAAUACCACAAACAAAUGUUCGUACUCCAACAACACAAACAAAUGCUCGUACUCCAACAACACAAACAAAUACUCGUACUCCAACAGCACCAACAAAUCCUCGUGUUCCAGCAACACAAAAUGCACCGUCUGCUACACGAACCAAUAAUGAAAAUAAUCCAAGACAGGCUACUGGAUCAACAACAAAUCCAACUAAUCAACGAAGUACAGCAGCACCUGAACGAAAUGCAGCUAGCGGUCCUGCAAAUACGGGUUCGACUCGCUUAUUUAAUGCAGAAAAUAAUUCCAAAUCUGCUAAUAAACGUUCAGCUAAAGAUGGUUCAUCUUCAUUUAAAAAUAAAAUUAAAUCAUUGUUUAGUAGAAAACAAUCUUAA